UAAACCGUUUUUUUUUUUUCACUUAAACCGUAUAGUCUUAAUUUCCAUCGUCGAUUCCAGAGAUAAAAAAAUAUAUGAAAUUGUCUGUGCUCGCACUGACGCUGCCCGCUGCUCACCCGCGAUGUCGACCACCUGUCAAAUGUCAUGUUAGGCAAGUCAACGAACCGAUAACCGAUGAACUUGGCGGUUUAGUUGAUAAUUAAUCAAACCAAGCAGAAAUGCCCCCUAAAAAGCGCGAUAAAGACAAUGAAACUACAAAAAACUCUAAAAUUGAUCAUCUCCAGGCCGACCAUGAGCUGUUUUUGCAAGCGUUUGAAAAGCCAACACAAAUAUACAGAUUUCUGCGAACUCGUAACAUGCUUUCGCCGAUUUUUCUGAAUAGAACAUUGUCGUAUAUGAAGCGGCGGAUGUCUAGGAGCAAUAAAAGUCGCGUGGGGUUCAAAGUCAGCUCUUUGCUGGAGAAAAUCACCUUGAAGAAGAGUACAGAACUGCAACCCAACAGUUUGGGAGGGUACAUGACUCUGACUUUCCUGGGUUUUUAUGACAAGAGCUUGGUAGAUCCCAGAGACUACCAAGUGAAAGUGGAGACCUUGCUGCUCAAGAUAUGCCAUAAAAAGAGGAAAGAGAGCUCAUCUGACGUAAUGGAAGUUUCUAUUGGCACCUGCUCACUGCCUCUCAACCCCUCCACUUCGGAGCCCCCCACCAUGGCUUCAGCUGUCAGCAUCUCCAGUGUCACCUUCAGUCCCUCACAGGGGCCCAACGUCAAGUCCUACAUGCUUAUGCUCAAAGUCACUGUCACAAGGAACUCUGGGAAUACUGCCAAUGGGAGCAGCAGCUCUACAGAAAUUAUGAAUGGAGAUAGUGAAGAACCAGCCACAAAACGCCUGAAAUCAUCAGAGCAUGUCAACAAUUCGUCUCCCGACAGCAAAUGGAGUAAGCUCUAUGGCAGUGAGCUGAUAGUGUAUGACAAGCACAACCGCUGCCUGCUUACUAACGGAGAGUAUGAUCUGGUGCUGCAUGAUGUGACGCCAGGUGGACGGAGCACAACCCUGGCCAGGUCUCCGCAUAAGGCUCUGAUGGCACAGUGGGAGACUAUUCCUAAUGAAAAUGAAAUGCAAACCGACAUAAACCCAUUCGACAUCUUCAAAGUCAGACCGCUGCUCAAACUGAAGCUCAGCUGGAGCCAAGAGCCAACCAAUGGGCUGGUGAACCGUCCCAAGCUAUACCAGCAGGAGGCCAAUGGUGCUAAGAAGGAUUCUGUCACUGCUAAGGAGAGACCUUCAGGAAGCCAACAAAAGAACGGGAAUGAGGCGAAAACUAGAGAAAAAUCCAAAUCAGACACAAGCGAAGAGAACAAACGCCAACAAAUUAUCUACCAAUUCCUAUACAACAACAACUCGCGGCAACAGACGGAGGCUUGUGACGACCUGCACUGCCCGUGGUGUUCCCUCGACUGCGGCACUCUGUACUCUUUACUGAAACAUUUGAAGCUCUGCCAUUCGAGAUUCAAUUUCACGUAUUUUCCGAUCCCCGGCGGCGCGCGCAUCGACGUGUCCAUCAACGAGCUGUACGACGGGUCGUACACGGGCUCGCCGCACGACCUGAUCGCGGCGCAGGGCCGCGCGGCGGGCGCGGGGCCGCGCGCCGGGCCCACGCGCCGCACGAGCCUCACGCGCGUGCUCAUGUGGCGGCCGCGCGCGCGCCGGCGCCCGCAGCGCCACAGCCUGGCCGAGUUCCUGGAGCUCGACGACGGCGAGCUGCUCGAAGCGCAGCGGCCCUACCUCACGGGGCAUAAUCGCCUCUAUCAUCACACGAUCACCUGCCUCCCAGUAUACCCUAACGAGCUGGACAUAGACUCAGAAAACGAGACCGACCCGCUCUGGCUCCAACAGAAAACCAUGAUGAUGAUCGACGAGUUCACCGACGUCAACGAGGGCGAGAAGGAGCUCAUGAAGAUGUGGAACCUCCAUGUCAUGAAAUACAACUACGUCGGCGACUGCCAGAUCCCGCUAGCUUGCCAAAUGUUUCUCCAAAUGAAGGGGAAAGAACUCCUUGAGAAAAAUUUGUACAGAAACUUUAUACUCCACAUGUGUUCAUUGCACGACUUCGGGCUUUUAAGCCCGGUUGCGCUUUACCAAACAGUGCAAAUGCUUAAUCAAAUGCUAGCGGACAACGCUGAGGCCAAAGAAAAAAUGCGAGAAUCGCUCAAAGCGCAACGCGAACACUGGAACGCAGUAGGCAAAUACCAGCAACCUGUAGUGAUCGAGCAAAAACCACAGAACAACACAGCUAAAUUAAACAAUGUCGAAGCCUCUCCAUCCGUUAGAAGAAAGACUUCUAAUCUUAAUAAUAGAAUCAAUACCCCGAGCACUAGUUAUAAAAACGUUCCGAGCACAUCCAAUGGUGACACAAAGAGGAAAAUGUCCUCGGGCAGUAUUCAGAGCCGCAAGCGGUCGUCGAUAUCAGAGCGGAAGCGAUCUGUAUAGCGAAUACUGACGCGCUCGGGGAUGCGGUGACGCGUCGAGUCGAGGCUAAGAACAUUGUGAAGACUCUAGCGGGGCAUUUCUGCAAGAAGUCACAACUUAUUUCCUGUUAAAGAAUAUGUCGGUAUCUGAUAUUAGUUCACACUAAUACAUGCAAUUGUCGAAAGAUAUAUCUGUCGUUUUUCACCUAACGAUUACUAAACGUGUUUCGUUGCGUUUUUACCUUAUAUUUCGUCGCGUAAACGGUGCGCUAACAUAAUUUGUAGUAUACCUAAUAAUAAUAAAAAAACUGUCUUGUCAGCAGUUUCAAGAGCCCAUCUAGUGGGCUGCUCAAGUCACCGCCUGCCUCGAUAACUAGUGUAAACAUUGUUAUGGCAGGUUUCCGGACGUCUUUGCACUAACCCAGUCUCAUUGUCCACCCAAACUUCAAUCCAUAGACCGUUAUGCUGUUCACUAUUUCUACAAUAGUCCCAAUGCCUGCUGCCGGUUCAUGGGUGUCUAUUGUUGCGCCUGUGAACGGGGCCCGGGAACUCUAAGGGGCCUCUACGUGUUGGAUCUAUAUCCCCACGAAAGCCUAUCAAAGACCGGGAUUUAUUUUAAAGUACAAUGGAAUGGAAGGCCUUAUUUUAGUUUAGGAUAUAAAAUUUGAUUCAGUGUGACAUCUCGCAAAAAUGCUCACAAGACUUAUUAAAAAGUGGAUUACCAUCAAAGUACAUUCUAUUAUACGUAGAUAAAUUUUCAAGACUGGAUGAUAGAUUCGCUUUGAUGAUUUGCACUUUUUAAUGACUUUCUUUUUUCAAGUGUUUAAUGAUGAUUUUUACAAUAAUGACGGAGAUAAUAUAGAAAAAAAUUGAUCUUGCAUGUUCCUCGCGUAUCUUAAAAUUGGCCAUAUCCAAUUGUGAAUCAAAUAAUGAGAUGUUCCCGAGCAAAAGGUGCUUUAUCAGGUUUCAAUGUUGAUGUCAAAUUUCGUCUUUGUCAAUAACUUAUUAUUGAUUUUCGGAAAAAAAAAGGUACCUUUUGCUUGAAAACGACACCAAUGUUGUCAAAAUUAUUUGUUAGUAUUCUGAAUAGGAUAGUCUUGUUACUGCCAGGAGAAUUUAAAUGUUAGUCAAUGUCCAUAUAAUGGAUGACAUUGUAGUCUUAAGAUUUUGCACGUUUUCGUUUCAUGAGAGAAUAUUGGUAUUAUCAAAGAUUGUACAAGAUUGUAAUGUCUAUGAAUUAAUCUUGCCCCGCUACUAGGCUGAAAUAGAUGGAGCUGUACAGGUGGCUUAACAGCAACUUUUUUAACAGCCAAAGUUCCAUAUAACGUACAGUCAGCGUCGAAAAAUAGUGACGACCAAAGUAGCCAUAUAUAAAGUGCUAACAAAUGACUUACCGAUAUUUUACGAUAGUUAAAACAUUUAUUUGAAUGCUGCAGAAACACACAAUUCACAAAUACAUUACAAACGGAAUACAACUAAAGUACACAAUUUAAUUAACAGGACAAAAAAAUCAUAAAAUCGAGAAAUGGAUUUACUUGCUGUACGCUGAGUGCAUUGCAGCAAAAACAAAAGGGUUCCGACUCAGCCAUACGCUUCACUCUUUCGAGCAGAGCACUGAUAUUCUGCCGGAACCUAGAUCACGUUAUAGUUAGAUAAAUCUAAAUAUGAUGUUAAAAAACUAGUACAUUAGUGUAAAAAGUAUGUAGUAGUGAUAAUAUGUUCCGAAAUGAAAUACAUAAAUACAAGCAAGAAAGUGCGUAGGUUUGGUUCAAAAUCUCUUAGAUAACCUGCGAAAUACCGAUUAGAUCCUGAAAUCUGCAACCAAAAAGCCGUAUGGUAUCCCUAUUUUUUGUUUUACAAGUAAGUAGUAUAUUUUUAAACUGGUGUUUAAACGUUUGCUUAUUUUUGAGCUGUCUUACAGGUGGAGAAAUAUUAUUCCAGCAUUUGGUCGCGAGGAAUCGGAAACAACCGGUAAAUGCAAUCGUUCUAUGAGGGUAAAAACUUUCUGUCAUGUCAACAAUUGUUUGUCUUAAAUGUCAUAAUCAGAGCCCGUAUGAAAAAUGACGUCACGCUACAUAGAGUAAGAUUCCAAUUAGUAUUUUCGUAAUAAUUAAUCAUUUGUAACUAUGUUGUACUCUUUAGGUAACAGAUACAUAUACUUGACAAUCAGUAUAGAAACGUCCGACUUUCAUUUUAUUGUCAAACAAAUAAAUAAUAGAUUAUUAAUUUAUGAAAUAAUACAUAUUUUUGGUUUUUAACAGCGUAACAAGCAUUUAUUCACGUAACAAGUAUUUAUUAUGAUACCCAUCAAUAAGUAAGUUAUCUAAAUUUGUAGUAACUUCCUGUAUGUUAAAUUACGUCAUUUUUGCGUCAACGGCAUGAAAAGUACAGGCCCUGGUCAUAAUCAACGUGUCAUUUGAUUUAUCAACGUGAAGUGACCAGUUAAGUGUAGGUAAAAGAGGUUCUAGAAUCUGUUCAAUGAGGUCUCAUUUAAUUAUCUCAUUAACAGGGUGUUUUUACAUAGCAAAUUUGUUUAACAAUCUAAAAAAAAAACAUAAAACCUAUAAUGUUUCAUUCUUAAAUAUACUCCAGAAACCGAGUACUAUCAGCUGUAAAUAUAUUGGUAACUAUUUGUUAGCACCUUAUACACCUUGUUUUUAUUGAAUUACUUUAACUUCGGAGUAUGGGCAAGUGCGUUUAAGAAAACUAAAUGGCAUACUUCUUUUUUUUUUAAGUAAUUAAAUGUUUCUUAUAGCGUUGUUUUAACACGGUCAUUACAUUUAAUGCAACCAAACAAUUAAAAACUUACAUAUCAAUGUCCUUUCGAACAUCAAUCGUCCAAGAUAGUACUUACGUUUAGUAGCAAAUGUAUAAACUGGUACUAAGCACUUAUCAGUAUGUAAUCAGGCCCUAAGUCAAGUGUACACACUCGAAAGGGCCUUGACAGAUUAAAAAAAAAUUAUUGACUAUCUCCGAAAUGGAGUUAAUUAGAAUACCGGUGUCUUUGAAAAAGUUACUUAAUUUAAGCUUAAAGCUCAGGAAUGCACCCUUGAAAUUAACGAAAAAAAAAACACGCUGUAUAUCGGGACACAUCCUUAUUUCGAUGUCAACAAAAUUGUGUUACGAUAUAUUUGCUUACUUUGGCCGUCAUUAUUUAUUUUUCGCUGACUAUACAAAGCCGUACAGUACAGCGCUAUUUAUCAAAUUCGAAGCAAGAAUAUGUCUAGACUUUACACAUCUGAUAAAGGACGCGUAGCACGAGGAAUUUCGUACACUGACCUGUCUGUUUCUAUCUCUAUUGCACGCGCAUAAUUAUAUCGCCGUCCCGCUCGCACAAUGUCAUUGGCCGUAGGCAUCAUGAGUGGGACAGCAAUAUAUAUACGCGCGUGCGAUAGAAAUAGGAACAGGCGGAUCAACGUACGAAAUUCCUCCGUCCGUAGGUACUUAAUACAUUCACGUCUGAAUAUAUAUAUACGAACAAAGUGCCAAAACUAUGUAUACACUACCUCAAUAUAUGGGCAAUAAUGUCGCGUAUACAUAUUUUUGGCACUUUGUCCGUAUCGAUAUUUUCAGACGUGACUGUACAAUCAAUGAAUGUUUGAUAUUGGUAUUACUGAUUCCGAAUAAAAUGUUCAUCACAAAUAAAAUGAGACGUUAUACAGUAAAGUUUUAUUUUAUGUGCGA